GUUGGAUGCACAGGAUGGCGCAGAGAUCGGCGUUGCAGUUUGACAUUGUGGCGAAAUGCUGCACGACCAAUGCCCGCGCAGCAAACAUGACUCUGCCACACAGUGUUGUCAGCACGCCAGUGUUCAUGCCAGUGGGAACUCAGGGCACAAUGAAAGGCAUCACGCCGGCACAACUUGAGUCUGUCGGCUGCCAAAUCAUGCUGUCCAACACAUACCAUCUUGGCGCACGCCCCGGCCCAGACGUGCUCAAGGAAGCCGGUGGCCUGCACAAGUUCAUGAACUGGAAGCGCUCCGUCCUCACUGACAGCGGCGGGUUUCAGAUGGUGUCGCUGCUGGCGCUGAGCGAGGUGACGGAGCAAGGGGUCAAGUUCCGCUCACCGCACGACGGCAGCGACAUGCUGCUGACCCCGGAACACUCCAUCUUCCUCCAGAACGUCAUUGGCGCCGAUAUCAUCAUGCAGCUCGACGACGUUGUCAGCUCGCUCGUCACAGGUCCGCGCGUGGAGGAAGCGAUGCACCGCUCCAUCCGCUGGCUCGACCGAUGCAUCGAGGCCCACCGCCACCCCGACCGCCAGAACCUCUUUGGCAUUAUCCAGGGCGGGCUUGAUGAGAACCUGCGUCGCGAGUGUGUGCGCGAGAUGGUGGCCCGUGACCUGCCUGGCUAUGCCAUCGGCGGCCUCAGUGGCGGGGAGGAGAAGGAUGCGUUCUGGCGCGCUGUCAAAGUCAGCGCUGAUCUUCUUCCAGAUGGCAAGCCGCGUUACUGCAUGGGCGUUGGUUAUGCCGUUGAUAUGGUUGUGUGCGUGGCUCUCGGUGUGGAUAUGUUCGACUGCGUCUUCCCAACACGAACCGCGCGAUUUGGUCACGCGCUCGUGCGAAACGGACAACUUGUCCUGAAGCAGAAGAAAUUUGCAAACGACUUCCGCCCUAUUUCGGAAACGUGCACGUGCUCCACGUGUCGCGACUACACACGCGCGCAUCUGCAUUGCAUCGUGAACAAGGAGCCUGUCGCAUGCCACCUCCUCACCGUCCACAACAUUGCAUUUCAGCUUGAGCUGAUGGGCAAUGCACGACAGGCGAUUAUCGACGGCACGUUCCCUGCGUUUGUGACGACGUUCAUGGCUGAGAACUAUCCAGACCACAAUUACCCGGUCUGGGUCCGUGAGGCACUCGCAUCCGUCAACAUCGACCUCCCACCACCGCAGAGCUCGUGA